GGACGGACUUUGACAGCUGAUUUUGAUGUAAUCGUCACAAGUGAAAUUCAUUGCACGGGCAAAAAAGAAAAUUGUGAUCUCUCGCCAGACAAACUUGCCCACUUUCUGUUUGUGUUUUGUUCCUAGCCCUAGCCCUAGCCCAGACUGCUUCAUUGUUAAAAGUGCUUCUAUCCCUCGAACUCAGUGCAUCCGAAUUGUACUAUGUCGCACCAAACUGGCAUUAAGGCAAACGCCGAGCUUCUGAAGUUCUUUGGCAAAUGCAAAGAUGGAAAGACCCGGGUUCUGAAAGUUUCUAUUGAAAAUGAGGAACUCCGCCUGGUAAGCCACAGUGAUGUGAAGCGAGACUGGGAGAAAGACUACGAUACGUUGGUGAGACCGCUGAUCGAGGAGAGUACGCCGUGCUACAUUCUUUACAGAUUGGACUACAAAAUCCCCACCGGGUACGCAUGGCUGCUGAUGAGCUGGGUGCCAGAAUCGGCCACCGUGCGACAGAAAAUGCUGUACGCUUCGACGAAGGCGACACUCAAGCUGGAGUUCGGCUCGGGGCACAUCAAGGAGGAGCUGAACGCGACGUCCAAGGAGGAGACGACGCUGCAGGGCUACCAGAAGCACAAGGUGGACUUUAACACGCCCGCUCCCCUGACCAGCCGGGAGGAGGAGCUGGCCGAGCUCCGCAAAACCGAGGUGAAGACAGAUUUCGGCAUCGACACCAAGCAGCAGACGCUCGGCGGCAUCAACUGUCCGAUCGCGGACGCGGUCGCCCAAGCGCUGCACGAUAUGCGCCGCGGCGGCUACAACUAUCUGCAGUUUCGCAUCGAUCUCGAGGAGGAAAAGAUACACCUGGUGAAGGCGGACAACAUCGAGCUGACCGGGCUGCCGGCCCAAAUACCGACCGACCAUGCCCGCUACCAUCUGUACAUCUUCAAGCACCACCACGAGGGCAACUAUCUCGAGAGCGUGGUGUUCGUGUACUCGAUGCCCGGGUACAGCUGUUCGAUCCGCGAGCGCAUGAUGUACUCUAGCUGCAAGGGCCCGUUUUCGGCGACGAUCGAAAAGCACGGCAUACAGGUGGCGAAAAAGCUCGAGAUCGAUAAUGGUGCCGAGCUGACCGAGGAGUUCCUGCACGAGGAGCUGCAUCCGCGCAAGCUGAACCUUCGGCCACAGUUCUCCAAACCGAAGGGACCGCCUAGCCGCGGUGCUAAAAGACUGACCAAACCACAGGCUGUUGAGUAAGGCGGAGGUAGCGGAGGAUGCGUGGAAGUGGAAUAUGACAGGGCCGUGACCACACACUUUGUGAGCGCAAACUUCCACGCUUCCACCCCAUACCAUUGCGCAGGUGCUAGUAGCUAGGAUCAUCCGACCUGCCGACGCGCCCCCACCUUUUCAUCGCAUUUCGCAUCGCAUUGUGGCAAUACACUAUUAUGUGUGUUUUUGUUUUUUUUUGUGUUGUCUGUGUAGAAAAUAACUUAUUGAACCCCAUUUUACGUAGU